AUGGCCAUAACCAAUGUCCGUGUCUUUGACGGAUUGGUAGUUGGCCCCCCCAGCACCGUCAUUAUCACGUCCAGCGGCCGUAUAGGCAGAGUAUAUCGCCCAAGCACGGUCUGUCCAUCUCUGGAACACGUCUUUGAUGCUGGUGGAAUGACUCUGAUCCCGGGCCUGAUGGACUCGCACGCCCAUCCGUCCAACAUAUCGAACCUCGUCUCCAUGGCCAGCAACGGCAUCACAACAACAGCGCUGGCCGCCUGCCUCAACCAGGAGUUCUGUGCCUCGUUGCGUAGCCACGCAGGGCUCACGCAGUUAAUUACGGCUUCCUUCCAGGGCACAACUGCAGAGAGCAGCACCACGGCCCUGGUGCCGGCCAGCGAGGCCUUUCAGCUCGUCCACAACGCCAGCGAGGCACCUGCAUGGGUGGCUCGCCAGGUAGCACAGGGCGCCGACUUCAUCAAGCUCAUCGGCAGCGCUCCUGGCCCUGGACUCACGCAAGACGAGCAGACGGCGCUGGUCAGGGCGGCCCACGAGUCCGACAAGCAAGUGGUCCUCCACGCGGCCAGCUACGCCGCUUACGAGCAGGGCCUGAUUGCCGGAGCCGACCAGAUUCACCACGCGCCGCUGGAUGUCCCCGUAGACGACCGGCUCCUGGGCAUGUUCCGGCGCGGCGCCACCAAGGCCGUGUGUCCCACGCUGACCAUGAUGCGCGCCAUCGUCCAGCGGGCGCAUCCCGCUAACUCGUCGUUUGCGUCCGCAAAUGCCACUGUUGCAAGGCUUCAUGCUGCGGGCGUGCCGAUCAUGGCGGGGACAGACGCGAAUGCGGUCCCCGGUGUGCCGGCCUCUGUUGCCUUUGGAACCAGCCUCCACGAUGAGCUGGAGAAUCUGGUGGAUGCCGGCCUGACGCCGCUGGAGGCACUGCGAGCGGCCACGGUGGUGCCGGCAAGGGUCUAUGGCCUACAUGACCGAGGCAUGAUUGUAGAGGGGGCGAGAGCUGACCUGGUGCUCAUCAAUGGAGAUCCCACGGUCAACAUUUCUACCACGCGAAACGUCCAGAGGGUCUGGAUAGGCGGUGUUCAGUUUAACGCAGAGAACUGGAAAUAG